AUGUCGAAUACCAUUUUAUUUCGCGAAGAAUAUCUUUCAGCUUUUAAAUCAAAGGAUGGUCAAGACUUUUCAAAUUAUCGGGAACGUAUUCUUUCAGAAUUACUUCGAUUAUAUAAACCACGUUUAUUCCCAACUCAACUUGAAGCCUUGCGUGAAAGUUUCGAAGUAUCUUUUCAAGAAUUGGUAAAUGCUACUCCUAGUGAUAUUGAAAUCUUGGAGCGAAAAUUCGACGAUCAAGCUGUUUUAACUCUUGAAGAACAAAGAGAAUUAGUAAUAAAAGCUCGUUUUGAAUGUGCUUUUCAAAGGUUAAAAGAAAAUACUCGAAUAAUUGUUAAUAGUUAUAAGGUAAUGACUGAGUUAUAUCAUAAAUCAAGAGGUCGUUGUUGUGGAAGUAAAUGUAGGCAUUGUCCAUUUAAUCAUGAGAAUGUGGGUAAAAAUAUUAAUUUACAAGAUUUAAUUGAUAAUGAAAAGAAAAAUGAUGAUGAUGAAAAUAAAAAAUAA